GGUUAAAGGUUUCUCCCGGUGCCGAGGGGGGAGCCAAGGAGGCUCCCAGCAGAACAAUGGCGUGCCAAGCGCAUAAUUAAGCCCUGCUGAUAUUUGCAGAGAUCACAUGACGUGCUGUUUGCUUAGUAAAUUGGGAGGUACCGGAGCACCACAGAAAGUUCUGGGGCUCGGAGCCCGACUUGCCCACGUGGCACAAUGGCCGGCUGUGUGGCGCCCCGGGCAGUGCUCUUGGCUGCGGUUCUAGGGGGCACAUUGGGCUGUACCAGUAGCUGUACCUGCAGGGGGGGCAGAACGGACUGUACCAAUAAGGGGCUUUACUUCAUCCCCAGGGAUAUGGAGGGAGACUCCCACACGGUGCUGCUGGGCUACAACCACAUCGGCGCCAUCACUGGGCUGUGCCUGCAGCGGUACCGGCGGAUGGAGCAUCUGGACCUGCGCAGCAACCGCAUCUCCACCAUCCACAGCCGAGCCUUCCGGUACCAGCAGAACCUCACCUACCUGGACCUGAGCGCCAACCAGCUGGCCACCAUCCCGGCCGAGCUCUUCCGGCCCCUGGCCAACCUGCUCACAUUGGACCUGGGCAACAACCGGAUCUCGGAGCUGCCUGGCAGUGCCCUGGACUCCUCGCUCGCCCUAGAUACCCUCUAUUUGCAUAAUAAUGCCCUGACGGGCUUAGCCGGCCCACUCCUGGGCAACCUGGGCAACCUGAGGCACCUGCGGCUGGACGGGAACCCUUGGGCCUGUACGUGCCAGAUCCAAACGCUGCUGAACUGGAUCAAACAGAACCCGGAGAGAUUAGAAGAGCGGGACAGAACACUGUGUGGGUUCCCGGGGUAUCUGGACCAGUACCCGCUGCUGGGGAUACAAGGGGACUCCUUCCGGCAGUGCCAGAACCUUCUCUCUCUCUCGGCCCAAUUGUAUUUCCUCUGCAUUGGGCUCACUCUGUGUAUUGGGAGCAUCGGCCUCUGCUUCGCCAUUGGCUCCCUGGUGGUCACGUGCCAACACUUCCAGCACUGGCGGAAAGCGAGGCCCCACAUGUACCGGAAAAGCAUUGUGACCCGGAGGGAUGCCAUUAUCUACGGGCACCAACUGCCUGAGUGCAGAACCUGACUGGUACUGGUGCCAAGAGACUGGCCAGUCGGGGGGUUUGUUAUUGGACUGGGGGAGAAACCAUUAGGCGGGGGGGAUUGGUGCCAAGAGACUGGCCAGUCGGGGGGUUGUUAUUGGACUGGGGGGAAACCAUUAGGCGGGGGGGAUUGGUGCCAAGAGACUGGCCAGUCGGGGGGUUUGUUAUUGGACUGGGGGA